CACCUGACGUCACUUUCCAGCUGGGCAAUUGUUUGUUUAUAUCGCAUCAAGGUAGAAGUAUAUUCGGGAGAGUACGAGUAGUGUUGCAGAAGUAAAUAACAGAAAAUCUGCGUUAUUUUGAAUAUGACUGACGAAGGUGAUAGUGAAGGUGUUACAGACUCACCCAGAAGAGGGCCAACUUUGUCAACAAGCACAAGUAGCUUUGAAGCCCUCGACCCACACGAUCCGAACUUAAGCCGCCUUGCCACAAACAUGUUCCAGAAAACGGCAGAUUAUUUGUAUGGAGAACUGACAGCCACAUUGGACGAUUAUCGUUUGCUGGAAGCGAUGAAUCGUGCUACGAUAACAAAAUAUGCUGACAUGAAGCAGAUUGCUGGAAGUGUUUCGAAGACUAUGGCGGAACUGAAUGAGAAACAUAAGAGCCUGCAGCCAUACCUUGAGCAGAUUGAUCAAAUAGAAGACAGUGUUACUAAACUGGAACAGGCUGCCUAUAAGUUAGAUGCCUACUCUAAGCGACUUGAAGCAAAGUUUAAAAAUUUGGAAAAGAGGUAAUGUGGCAUAACUCAAAUGAAUAGUGCAGCAGAGAAGUAGAAACGGCAGUGAAAAUUACUUGUCAGAAAAACAGUUCAUGAUACUUGUGCUGUUCUAUUACCUACCAUGAUACAUGGUAUAAUAUUAAUUCUGCAGUGACUGUAUGGAAUUAUGAGUUGUGUAGAACUAAUGAAGUUUGAAAUUAUUAUUGCCCCUGUAGUAACCUUAUUUAUGUGUUCUGUGUAGAAUGGGGCUAUCUGUUGUUGUGAUGCAUAAAGUACGCAAAGACAUUUAGCACUGAUAUUCAGAUUAUGCUGAUAUUCAGUAUUUGUAUUUAUUGGAAGGAAGUUGAGAUAAGUCUAAUUUCUGCAGUAGAUGAAUAUUUCUAGUCACUUUUCCCAACAAGUGGGCCGUUACAUUUACUCACAGUAGAAUACAGAAGUGAACUACAGAAAAAGGCAGAAGUGAAAAGUGAACUUUAUCGACUAGCAUUCCUUGCUUCUUCCCCCCCCCCCCCCCCCCCCCCUGCACACACACACACACACACACACACACACACACACACACUUUUUACCUCCGAAUAUAUGCCAUUAUUAAAUUACUUUCAUGACUGUUUUGAUUAUUUCAGUUAACGGGUUUCUAGUAAGUCUUUUGUUUUGUUGCUAAGUGUUUUGUAGUAAUUGUCCUGUACUCUUGUUUUAAUAUCUCAUGUGAUGAGAUUUUUACCUUUCCAAUUUUUUUUUAAGUAGAUGUGUCAUCUGAAAGAAUAUGCAUACCUGUUGCAACUAUAAAAACCACAUUCUGCUUUUAUUUCACAUAUUAAAUUUUUGUUAAAAAUUUUGUGAUGAAUUAAAGGUAUGAUAAUUUUGCAACAAAUGAGAACAAUCUUAUGUUACAUUGUGUGAUUUGUUUGUAUUGUGGUAUUUACCCUUCAUAUUUUGUAUGUUUGUAACUGUCCCAAUCAGUUGUUAUUGACUUGGUUCCUUCUUUCUGUACAUUUUAUGUUUAAAUUUGAAAUACGUCAGUAACAUAAGAAAUGAAAUUAGCCUUCUCUACCAUCUGUAUAGCUCUUUUAAGAUAGUUUCAUUCAUGACAAUAUGCUGUUUACGUGCAUGGCUUAAAAACUGCUGAUUUUUUGGGAUAACUGAGAUUUUUAUUCGUUCUUACAUUAAUUCAUCAGUUUUGUAGGUACUACUACAAAGGAAAGCCAUUAGAGAUUUGGGGCAAUUGAAUAUAUAGUGAGUAGUAUUAAUCAGAAACUAAUGGCAAAGGCUGUAUUAAGAUUGGCUGUUUUUGAACCAUAAUUUUGUUUCUGCUUAUGCAAGCUGUUAAUGGUAUAAUAAUUGUCGAAUCUUGCAAAUUAACAGUUUCAGUAUUUCAAAUGUAAAAUUUCAUAUACUUUUGUGAAAGUGAAGUUCAUAUACUUUUUUGGAAGUGAUAUUUAUCUUUAUUGGACGUACUGGAAUUACAACUAUUGCUUCAUGACUGCCUAGUAAAAUUUUGUAGUGAGGCGCAAGAUGUUCUUUUUCUUCAAUUUGACUAUUUUAUGUCACAUAAAUUUUACAGGCCUUUGUUGGUAGUGCAGGAUAUUUGGAACAGAGCGUGACAGAUCAGCAUUGUCAUAGAUGAUGCCCUCUUAGAGAUGAGUUUGAUGAUGAAAGCUUUGUAAUAAUAUUGUUGCAAGUGUAAACUAUUGUUAAUCAUACUAUUUAUUAUUGUUUUAACAUUACAUAUAAUCAUUUGGCUUUAAUUAUGGAUUUCUUCUUAAUAGACUAUCAGCUUGCCUGUGAUCAUAAAAUUGAUUAUUUCUUAUAUGAGCAGAAUAUUUCUUAAGUAGUAGCAAAAAUUAUUUUCUUAGCUUACUAAAUAUAUUUCAAACUUAUUUUUCAUUUAUGUGCUGAUUCUAAAUUAACAUUAAUAUCCUUACAAAUGUAAAUAAUAUAUUGGCUUGUUGUGCCUGCUGAAUGGUAAUGGCCCCGUUAAAUGGUAGCGUUCGUCUGUGUGGACCAAAUAACGAAGAGUUUCUGUUGCCCUGAAAGAAAGGUUUCUCAAAUAGUAAAUAUUUUUACUAAAUAAUAAAAUUUCUCUUCAUUUUUUUAAACAAUGUGGAAUGGUGAUAGCAUCAUCAGAAGUAUUUGUUUCACAUUUUGUCUUGUGUACAAAAUUACAUGUUUACAGUAAACAAAGAUAUGUUAAAUUAUUGAAGUAAUGUAAAAAUCUUAAGAAAUUUAAUCAUGUUAUUCUUAUGUUCAGUGAAUCUUGAACAUCCACUGAUAUUAUCUACUCCUGUCAUUCAUUAUUAAACUGUUUUCUCACUAGGUUAUUUAGAAUAACAGUUUUUAUAUUUCAAUUUCUCCUAAAAGUUACUAUGUUCAAUUGUACUUUUGUAUAUGAAAGUUAUAGUGAAGCAAUUGAUCAAUUAUAAACAGUUGCAAAAAUGAUGAAAACACAAACAGAAAA